UUGAAAGACUAAAAUAUAUCAAAAAUAUAUAUUUAAAUAAAUUUAUUAUCCUGCAAAAAUGCAGCUUGAAUGGUAAUUACGGUGUUCUAUUAUCCUCAAGACACGAGAGUUUUCUCAGCCGCUACAUCGGCAGUUUGUGAUACUAUCUUACCGACCACCUGCGUUCGAGCAGCCUCUCUGGUAAAAGACCGGGAUGGCUCCUCUCACGCCUCUCAUGACUGUCAAGUGUCAGCUGUCAUGCUAGUCAAUAGGCAUGUUUCUCUCUGGCGGAAGUUAGUUCUUCGUAGCUGAAUUUUUUGUACUUUCCCUCUUCCUCCCUCCAACGUUUAAUUAUACAUCUUUGUCAUUUUGAGCGUAAAUAGUACAGCGUAUAGUGCAAUUACAAAGAACGGAAUUCGUAAUUUUUUUGGACGUCAGGCGAUGUCAUCUCAUCAGACAUUGUCAUCUCGUGUUGACUGGUGUCUCGUCAACGAAUUUCAGGAACAUGAUCUGAGGCGGAUGUCAUGCGGCUUACGCCUGAGAUAGUCGAUCGGAUUAACGUAAUUCGCGUACUCGCGUGUCCGUAAUUCAGAGCACGUCGGCACCUCGCACACGUCCCGUGAGACAUGCCCGUCGCCGCUCUGUGAGACGCCUAUCCUCGCUGCUCUCUCGCCGCACCUUGCCGGGAGCAAGAUGCCAGAACGGAUCGAGAUCGGUGUUAUUCCAAAUAAUUUGAGGCAUGAGGAGACUAUAGUUCAAAUAGCGGAAGCUCUGGAUAAUCUGAGCGAUGCUGUCUCAUAUAUAUUCAAUUGCAUUGACAGGAGACUUUCGGAGAACACACAAAGAUUAACCAACAUAAAAGAGAGGGCUAGGAAGCUGGAGGACAGAUUGCACUAUUUACAGACUAAUUUGAACCUGAAAGCGGUAAAAAUGUAUUCUGCUGCUAAGUAUCCGGCUAAUCACACUUACAAGGAGUAUCAAAUGACCAUACCGCCACAGCGCGAGCGUGCCGCUGCUAUACCAAGCGUUUACAAGUGUUCCGUGCCCAUAAAGGAUAUCCCUGAAGCAUAUUUAUCUUCCAAUUGCAAAACGGAGGACGGCCAAUACGCCGCGAAUGUCAGCCUCCAAGAGAAGCUCCAAUUUUAUCACGUGCGAUCGAAGGCUGGCAAAAAAGAUAAUCUCGAGGAUGACGUGGAGCCGUUCCCGCCGCAAUUAUCCUCAGUUAGCGCCCUCCUACUGUUCGACAGCAUGGACAGCCCGUACGAAAAAACGUCCGUGCGAUCGUCGCGUCAAUCUACUGACAAGCAGCAAAUUGAGGACGCCCCAGAUUCGAUUGUACAACCGUGGCUCUCGUCAGAAAUGGACGCGUCUUCCAGCUAUUUGUACACCCCGACCCUCGGAGAGGUCCCUCAAAUAAAUGUACCGCUGACGCUCCCAGAUCUACCAGGCAUUGUAGACGAUGAGAAAUUCGUGCUUGAUCUCAACUCGCAAAGUCCUAUCGCGCCGUCAUCCGCGGUUACGACACCUACCGUUCGUCUAGAUCUACCAACGCCAAUCAGUGACGAGAAAGACUCUCGAGAGCCGAAGGCGGAAGACUGCGCUCCACAUUUGCCUGUUCUAACUGGAACCACGUCCGCCGCAACUGCACCGUCACCCGCGCCGCCGCCUCCGCCACCUCCUACGGUCACCGUAGAUGCGAACAGUGCCGCGAGCAACGAAAAAGUGAAUUUUCAAGUUGCGGCACCUCCGCCACCGCCGCCGCCACCACCGCCACCGCCGCCGAUCGCGGAGCUGCCGGCCGUGUCCGCGCCAAGUGACGGUUCGAAGAAGAAGGACAAGACACCGAGCCGUCCGCCUGCGACAGCCGCAACGGACGAUCGAUCCAAUCUGAUGGCGGCGAUACGAGACGCUGGCGGUAUAGGCAGAGCGAAAUUGAGGCCCACCGUGCCGGACGAGAAGAAGGGCGAUCGAUGGUCCUCGGCCUCGGUUGGCGGAGAUCUGAUGGCGGAUCUGCAUGCGAAACUGGCGCUGAGACGCAAAGGUAUCGCCGGCUCGACGGUAGGCGCCCUGGAGAGGAUGUCGAGUUUGAUACCGCCACCCCCGAAACCGAACGAAGCGUCCGCGUCGGACAGAAAUUCCGCCACCAGCGAAUACGACUCCCAACCCGACACGGACGAUUGGGAGGAGUGAUGAUUGCUGUUGCGGUAAUUGGUAUAAGAGCGGCGUGCCGUUGAACGAUUAUUGUGACAAAUGCGGAAUCAUGACAAAUGGCUUGAAAGUAAUCGGCAUCCGCGCGUGAACACUCAGGGGUACUUUUAGUGGACAGAUCCAAUGAAGUAGAGGAGAAUAGAAUCACAAUACGCAGAUCUAGUUAUUUUUUUAUUCAACAGAUCUGAAAAUUAUUUGAUUUUAAAUUUCACUUUCGUCCGAUGGCCACUAAUUGUAUCUUUUUUUUUUUUACGAGAAAAUAAUUUGUAUAAAUCUAUAUUUAAUAUAUUAUUCUGGUAGUAUUACAAUAAUUUGAACAAAAUAAGAUUACGCGACUAUUUACAGAUGGAUAAAUUACAGAAUUUCCGUGGAGAUAGUAGAAGAAUUAAUAUGAAAGAAUAAGUAACAGAAUAGAAAAUUUUAUUUUGUGCGUCAAUACAUUUUCCCAGAAAACUAAUUAUUUACUUAUAUUUAUGUAUACAGAUUUUCAUUUUGUUCGUUAUAUAUGUAUAUUAUGUACGAUCUUCCUCAGAAAAAAUCUUGUACAUAAAGUAUAUUACAGAGGUAAUUAGCCCAUUAAAGUCCUGAUUGUAAAUUCCUUAAUAAACGAUACAGUGUACAAUAUGCGAAUGUAACUAAUAUGUAUAUAUACUGUUAUGUUAAUAAAGUUUUAUAUUCAAACUGUA